AUGGAUCCAAGCUUACUAGUGAGCGUUCUAGCUCAAGGAGAAGAAGAAGCUAGAAAACUCAAAGCAAAGCUCGCCGAUCCAAUGGACGUCGAGUCUUGCAAAUGCUUGGCGCAAAAUGUGCAGUCGAGUUUUGAGGCUGCGAUCGCAAUGGUGACGAAUAUGAAGGGGAGGUCGAGCUCGCCGCAGUCAGGAGGCAGCGAGAGUCCGAGGAGCGAGAACUGGGAGGAGGAGGAGGGGAUGUGCAAGAAGAGGAAGGGGUUGCCCAAGUGGAGUAGCCAAGUGAGGGUUUGUUUGGGGGGAGGGAUUGAGGGGCCCCUUGAUGAUGGGUUUAAUUGGAGGAAGUAUGGGCAAAAGGACAUUUUGGGUGCCAAGUAUCCAAGGGGCUACUACCGUUGCACUCACCGCAACACUCAAGGCUGCCUUGCAACAAAGCAAGUUCAGCGAUCCGAUAAUGACCCCUCAGUCUUCGACGUCUCCUACCGCGGGACCCACACCUGCGUCGACAAGCCACAGAAAUCUCAAGCAUCAUCGAAGCCGACUCAGCAGAGCCUCAUGAGCUUGCGCGAAAGUCUCAGCGUCAAGACGGAAGGAUUGGAGCCCAACAUUGACCCAACAAAUGUUGCGAGUUCCUCUUCAUUUUCUUUCUCUUCGACUCCUGCGAGCUGUAUGCAGUCCCAGAGCAAUCUGUUCGCUUCUCCUUCGGAGUUUUCUCCGAAUUUUAUGUACGCGGGUUCGAAUUAUUUCUGUCAGACAAGCAAUUAUGGUGGAGAACUGACAGAGAUUUUAUCUGCUGCGACUUCCACGACGAAUUCUCCGAUGGUGGACAUGGACUUUGGAAACUUCAAUCCUGGGCAUUUUGAUCCUAACUUCCCUUUUGAUGGUUCCAACUUUUUCUAG